CAGUCGCAGUCGUUGUUCCCACUCUGUCAGCGUCCAGAUGCGACCGGCAGUUGGUGUCAGCGGUGCGACGAGCGCGACGAAGUCCGUGAUAUGGCCGAGUAUCCAGUUCGCGCUUCUCUUGCUGCUCGGCGUGCAGCCUGUCCUGGGCUUGGAGAAUGGGCUCGCCAGGACGCCGCCCAUGGGAUGGCUGGCCUGGGAGCGUUUCUUGUGCAACAUCGACUGCGUCGAUGAUCCUGAAAACUGUGUCAGUGAGCGGCUUUUCAAGGAGAUGGGCGACGCCUUCGUGAUGCACGGCUACCGCGAAGUCGGAUACAAGUACGUGAACAUCGACGACUGCUGGAUGGCGAACCAGCGUGACGCAUCCGGAAGGCUGCAGGCGAAUCGAACCAGGUUUCCCAAUGGCAUCAAGCACCUAGCAAACUUUUUGCACAGUCGUGGCUUGAAACUGGGGAUCUAUGGCGACGUUGGGACAAAGACGUGCGAAGAGUACCCGGGCAGCAAGAAGCACCUGCUCCUGGACGCCCAGACCUUUGCUGAAUGGGAUGUGGACAUGGUCAAGAUGGACGGCUGCUUUGCCAAUAUCACAGAAUACAGGAAACUGUACCCGGACUUUGGCGACGCCAUCAACAAGACUGGGCGGCCGAUGGUCUACUCGUGCAGUUGGCCUGCCUAUCAAGUCUUUUCUAAUGUAACUCCAAACUACACUUUGAUUGGCCAUCACUGCAAUAUGUGGAGAAAUUAUGUGGACAUCGCGGACUCAUGGCGGAGCGUUGAGAAGAUCAUCGACUACUAUGCGAAAAACCAGGAGGCGCUGGUGGCUGCAGCCGCGCCGGGACGCUGGAACGACCCGGAUAUGUUGGUGAUCGGCAACUUCGGUUUGAGCUACGACCAAAGCAAGGCCCAAAUGGCGCUCUGGGCUAUCAUGGCCGCUCCACUGCUGAUGUCCCACGACCUGCGUCACACGCGUCACGAGUUCAGGGAGAUACUGCAGAACAGAGCGAUCAUUGCCGUGAACCAGGAUCCACUGGGGAUAAUGGGAAAAAGAAUAAAGAAGAUCAAGAAAGUGGAGACUUGGGUCCGUCCGGUGACACCUGUAGUGGGCACUGCCUACUCGUACGCAUUGGUCUUCUUCAACAGGAACGACAUGGGCAACACCCGAAAGCACGUCUCGCAGCUCAGAACGUUCGGACUUACACACCCGUGUGGGUACCAUGUGACCGAUCUCUUCGAAAAUAGGUAUCUGGGCUUAUAUUACCCCGACAGUUUCCUCAAGGUACGAGUGAACCCAUCGGGAGGCGUCGUCAUGGUGAAGGCGGAGGCCGUGAGGCGGGCGCCUUUUGCAUGUCUAAGACCGCGUCCAAAGUACCCACCAAAGCAACCGCAGUACGUUUCUGGCACCGUAAAGGGCAUCGGCACGCCGGCAAACGGCACCAUUUUGGUGGGAUUACAACCCGUGAAGCCACAAGUGUCUCCUGGCCCAGAAAUACCGCCCGAAAUGGUCGCGAUUCAAGGAGAACCAAACAACGCAGCACCGAAUGGUAACGAGGAAUAGCCACGCAGCCCUCUCUGCCGCCCCCUACCAUCGUCAAGGACGUCGACUCAUCUUACGGUUCCGUUGCAAUCGUCCAAAGUAUCAAGCAGAGGAGCUAUAGUUUCUUAUAAUGUUGGCUUCACAUCAAGACACAGGCAACGUCCUAGGUGUCAUUUCGAAACAGUGCUAAAAGAAAAAUCCACAAGGACAACUUGUCUUUUCCUCUUCCUUGGUGUUUUGUUAUAUUCUGUACUGUGGUGCAAUGAACCCUUGCCAAGUGACUCAGCUUACCACGGUCGUAGGCCUAUCAUCGUCGGCAUCGCGUCGUCGUUUGAAAGACUGCACUUGACCCUUAAAGCAAUUAUGACCGAAGUGAUUCCUAUGUGAUGUGACCAGUGUUUACUUCAAUGAAUGAAUGAAUGGAUAAACUUUAUUUAAAGUUGGGCAGUUUUACUGGGCGAAGGCGGAAGACUCACAAUAAAUAACUUUAUAUAUCAA